AUGUCCCUCUGGAAACAACUGUCCAAACCUAAAGAUCCCACGCCUGAGAUUAGUGACGACAUUAGUAGCAAUGACGAGAUAGACCCAGCUACCUUGACAGCGGAAGAGAAGCACCUUUACAUACUCGAUGAAUUCAAUGACCUCUUUGAAAAUAGUGAUGAAGAUGAGUACUACUACUGUCAGUCUUGCAAGCUGAAGUUUAAAACGGAAGAAGAAGCUAUGGCGCAUCAGGAGACCCCAGAACAUUUCGCAACUGAAGAGGCGUGGCAGGCAGAGAGAGCAGAGUUUGUGAAAGAGUUGAAGGCAGAGAGAGACGAGCACCACCGGCAGCGUAAGGAAGAAAAGGCGCGGCGAAAGAUGCGGACAGAACGAACAACAGCUGCAAAGCGGGAGAAAAUGCGGGAGUGGCGCGAAAAGAAGCAUGCCGUUAAGGACAAGGGUUCCCAUAGAGACUGA